AUGGUGCUGACAAUUAGAAAUGUAAACGGGUCUCCUCAGCGGGCGACCGGGCUAACAACCUCCCAAGAACGCUGUGUCUACUUGUGGCGCCAGGGUCAGCCGGCAAAUCUGGGCCCUUGGGGCGAAACGGGAGAUGCAAAGCCCAAAGGGAAAAGGAGGGUGUUUAAGACUAGCUUGGGUAAGCAUGAACAACAACAACAACCACCACCACCACCCCCACAGCAGCAGCAGCAGCAACAGUAUCAGCAGCCGCAGCAGGCAGCUCAAGGCCACCAGCCACACCAGAACCAGCGCGUGCUGCACAACCCCAACCUGGGCAAGGAGCGUGAUCACAUCAAGGAGCAUCUUGAGGUGCCCAUUGACACAGCAGGCAUGUCUGAGCAGGAGCUGCAGUACCACUAUUUCAAGAUGCACGAUGCUGACAACAACAACAAGCUUGAUGGGCAGGAGCUGAUCAAGUCGCUCUUCCAUUGGCACGACUCGGCCAACCAUGACCCAGGCAAGUCCACCAGCCACCCGGAGGCCAAGCUCUUCACCGAUGAUGAGCUUGUGGCCAUGAUUGAUCCCAUUCUUGAACAGGACGACCGCAAUCGGGAUGGAUACAUCGACUACCCAGAGUUCGUGCAAGCACAGCGUAAUGCAGCAGCUGCAUCUGCAUCAACAGGAACUAAUAAUGUGUAAAUUAUUAGAGGGUACUUUUUCUUUUUUCUUUCUUUCUCUCCUUUUCUUUUCUCUUUCUUAUUAUAAAGUCAUUGAAGGUCAUGACAGAAUGCAGAUUUUUUUUUUUUUUAAGUGCAAACAAUGCUGUGGGGACAUCGUUCAGAUGGAAAAGCUUCAACAAGGGUAAUUGUGCUUCCAAUAAUUUUCUUUUUCAGUUAAUUUAUUGAAACCUAGGACGUGUGUACAUGCCCUUCCACAUACCAGACUUCACAAGUGCAUAGUCACCAAGAAGUCAAUUAGAAGGCCCACUUAUUAUUAUUUAUGCUAUUCCUUCAAAUUUUGGAAAUGAAAUGGGAUAAACUAUAAGGUUAUGUAGGCCUAGUAAUUAACUUCUUGAUGACUAAAUGCUGGUAAAGCCAUAUACCUAUAAACAGUAUUGACAAAACAGUGUUAAUCAUGCUUCAUGGUAAAUGUUUUUUUUUUAUUUUUUUUUAUUUUAUAGGUAGAUAUAUAUAUAUAUUUUUAUUCAGAUGGAUAUUGGAUGAAAAUCUUAAGGAAAAAGAAGAAAAAAAAGGUGUGUGCAAGUUUAUCAUGAAUGGUGCCAAUAAAGUGCAAGACAUAGAUAAGAAAAUUAAUUAUUUCUACAACUUUUUAAUUUAACUUUAUUAUUCAUGUCAAUUAAUGGAGAGGAAGGAAGCGCAUAGUGAAUCUUUUGUUUCACAGAUGACAUUUGUACCAUUUUCUCUUUUUUAUGGAUUUUAGUUCUUUGACUUUCUUUUAUUUUUGGAAAAUAGAAAGCUGAUGCACAAAUGAUUGAGUAAAAAAGACAUGACAUUAUUGUUUUUAAAUUAAAUGACACAAAAAUGUGAGUAAUGAGUGACUUGGCCCUUGAUAAUACUGCUCAAGGUUACCAGAAGGACUCUCUUAGCUAACGUGUAAAUAAAUGUAUUAUCUUUUUAUGUGAUGGAAUGUAAUUUUCUCAAUUUUUAGAAAUGUGAGGUUAAUCUGUUAGUGAUCAUCAGGGUUAACUUUUAUAUCAGAUAUACAGAUAUGGUAUCCAUAGGUAAAGUCUGCUAGAGAAAUAACAUGGCAUAUUUUGUCAUGGAAGAGUACUCAACAUUACAAAAGGUAUUAUAAUUUACAAUAAAUAAAAUGUAUAUUUAUGAAAUAUUUCUUUCCUCAGACUAAAGGUUUUUUGUUAAUGCAGAGUAUUACUGUUGAUAUCAUGCUGAUUGUUAUUAUUACUACUAUUAGUGCUGUUAUUGUUUUUAUAACAUUAUUAUUAUCAAAUCUUUUUUUUUUUUUUUUUUUUUUUAGUUACAAUUAGAUUAUAUUUCUUUAUUUUUUCUCUGAUUGUAAUAUUUUGUCCUCAUCCUAGGAUGCAUUGUCACAAUAUGUCAUUGUUUUAGCUUUCACAAAAGAAUUAAUUUGGAAUCUCAAAUAUAUGGGUGAUUUUAUGUAUUUCAUUGUAAAACUUUUCAUCUUUUUCAGUGGUUAUGGAUUUCCAUUUUUAUAUGACAAUAAGUUAAUAAAAUAUAUUGGUUAAGUUUCCUAUUUUUGCUUUCCAUAUGAUAUUUGGUUGUACAUCGUUUAAUCAGAACAUUUGUGCUGUUGAAUAUUUUGGAAUUUAUAGUACCUUAUGUAUACAUAUGAUCAUUAGAUUAACCGUUUACCGGACAAAACUCGAUGCAGUAGAAUAAAUGUAACAGUGUUUGAAAUAAAAGAUUUUUUUCUAA